UGACUCGCAUAGAGACACCGGGCAGAAACUUUUAACAGGUCAUAAGCAGGGUGAUCAAGGCUUCACACGGCCAGUAGACAUGAAACUACUCGGGAAAGUUGCAAUCGUGACCGGAGGUGCGCAAGGAUUAGGUCGUGGGUUCGCCGAGGGUCUACUUCGGAAAGGUGCAAAGGUUUGUAUCUGUGACAUUAACUCUGCUACUGGGCUAGCCACUAUCGGCAGCUGGAAUAAAGAGUUUGGGGCAGGAAAGAGCAUGUUCCUCAAGUGUGAUGUCACCAACCAUGAUCAAUUUGAAGGAGUGAUGAAAAAAGUCAUAAAGGAGUUUGGUGGAGUAGACAUCCUUGUGAACAAUGCAGGUGUGAAUGGUGAGGAACCAGAUACUUGGAGGAGGACAAUUCAGAUAAACAUGAUUGGUGUAAUUGAGGGGACCAUGCUAGCCUCCACCUAUAUGGAUAAGACAGCUGGGGGUCGAGGAGGACUUGUGGUGAACAUAGCAUCAACAGCAGGGUUAACACCAAUUUUCUACGCCCCAGUCUACGCUGGAUCCAAGUAUGGUGUCGUGGGAUACACCAGAAGUAUGGCAGCAAACCCAAGUGCACGGGAAACUGGUAUAAGUUAUGCAGCUCUUUGUCCAGCAUUUACCAACACACAACUAUUCAAUAAAACUCACUCAGCACAGAAAGAAAUCAAAGAUGAAAUUUUAAACCAAGUGAGCAAAGUUGUAACAGACACAGGAAUACAAACGGUGGCUGAUGUUGUUAAUGGCUUUCUGCUGUUAGUGGAGGCUGACAGCAACAACGGAACUGUCAUGGCUGUAUCUAAACAAAAAGGCAUCCAAUAUAUUAAUAAACGUCGACGGAAACCUCAAACCAACAAGCUGUGAUCAGACGUUAUUGAAACUGCUGUAAACACUGUGAUAUACUCCUUUAAUUACAAAAACUUCCCAUUUUGCAGAACCAAUGGAUGAUAAUGUGUUUCAGAGAGAAUAACGUGUAAAUCAGUGUGACUGUUACAACCAGAUUUCUCUAAUUGGCAAAAGUGUUGCCAUAUAGGAAAAUUAGGAAAUUGUCUAUACAUGAAUAGCUCACCUUGUAAAGAUCAAGCAAGUUCAUCCAUAUAUUUUCUCUUCUUUUAGCUUCGAUCAUUUAAAAAUCAAAACCUUGUCUACCUCUAUGGAUGUGGAGCAUUCCUAGACAAAAGGAACCCAGCUUUAUAUACAGGGUAAUAAGGGGAUUUAUAAACUUGAUUCCUACAAAACUGGUCCAGGAAUAUUGAUCUAACUUAAAAUCAAGAAUUGGUAUGAUGUUUGAUAAGUCCAUAUUGAAUCUUAGAUUUGAUUUAAAGAAAUUAUUUAAAUGACUAUUUGAUAUAUAAUUAUAUGUAUUAUAAAUAUUGG